GCAUGUGUCUAGGCUGCUCAUCCUGCUGACCCUCUGGGACAUCCCCACUGCACCCUCAGCUGCCGUUCACCCACCCGCCUGCCUACUGAGAAAAAAUGGCACCCAAGAAGGCAAAGAGAAGGGCAGCAGCAGAAGGCGGAAGCUCAAAUGUCUUCUCCAUGUUCGACCAAACACAAAUCCAGGAGUUCAAAGAGGCCUUCACUGUCAUUGACCAGAACAGAGAUGGCAUCAUUGACAAGGAAGACCUGCGAGAUACAUUCGCUGCUAUGGGGCGCCUGAAUGUGAAGAAUGAGGAGCUGGAAGCCAUGAUCAAGGAGGCCAGUGGCCCCAUCAACUUCACAGUCUUUCUCACCAUGUUUGGAGAGAAGCUGAAGGGUGCUGAUCCCGAGGAUGUAAUUAUGGGCGCCUUCAAAGUUCUGGACCCUGAUGGCAAGGGUUCUGUCAAGAAGCAAUUCUUGGAAGAACUUCUGACCACUCAAUGUGACAGGUUCACCCCAGAAGAGAUCAAGAACAUGUGGCAGGCCUUCCCUCCUGAUGUAGCCGGCAACGUUGACUACAAGAACAUUUGCUAUGUCAUCACACACGGAGAGGACAAGGAAGGGGAAUAAACCCUGGAUUUUCACCCCUUUACUCUGGAAGGGGGGUAUCCACCCAGACAGCCCCAACCUGAGGGGAGUUUCCCUUAUGCUGGUCUCUAUGAUACACACUCUUUUGUACCCCAACAACAUACGAUCAAUCUGUUAUUUAUUAUUACUGUUAUUAUUACUUGGGUAGGGAAAAUACACGCCCCUCAAAGUGAACCUGUGCCCACCUCAACUAGUCUUAAUCAAACUGGUACCUUUCUCUGCAAAAUGUCUUAAUAAAGAUGAGGACAACUGUUUCUAAUG